AUGGCGAUAACAAGUUUACAUUUUUACUUGGAUCAAGUAGCAGAUGUAUUUGGUUCAUUUUAUGUUCCAUUAUCAUGUCGAUUGAUUGAAGAAGGUUUAAUAAAUGAACAAAAACUAUUACAAUUUCAACAUGAACUUAUUCAACGUGGUUAUCCAGGUGCUGAAGAUCUCUUUCAACAACGUUCAUCUGGUAUGUCAACACGUUCACAAUAUCAUGAUAAUCAACAAUCAAUUUUAAUUGUUUUUAUUGGUGGUUGUACACAAUCAGAAAUCAAUGCUCUUCGUAUGUUAGCAAUGAGUAAAAGUAAUACAAAAUUACAAUUUUAUUUUGCACCAACAAAUUUAUGGACACAUACAAGACUUUUACAAGAAAUUGAAACAUCACAAUAA